UUUGUUGGCAGCCGGGACUUGAAGAAAAAGAUGGGAGAACAUAAAAACUGCAAAUGCAAUCGUUGGGUGAUCAGUUUGCAAGCCGCAUUCGACAGAGAUGAUUUCGAAAAACUGUUCCGGAAAGCUGUGCAAAGCAUAACUGAGGAGGAAUUCCAACGAAUCCCAGAGUUCAGACAUCGCGAAGAUGCUCUUGCUUGUCUUUUCGGAAGACUUUUGCUUCGUCACUCUGCUCAGAAGUUUAGUGGAGAACCAUGGAAUACCAUCCGGUUUGAGAGAACUGAGAGAGGAAAACCGUUUUUGGCAGUUCCAGCAGACACUACUUUUGGGCUGAACGUUUCUCAUCAAGGAGAUUACGUUGCUUUCGCCAGCAGUUGCUCUUCCAAAGUUGGAGUUGAUGUCAUGAGAUUGGAUAAUGAAAGAAACAACAAAACCGCCGACGAAUACAUCAACUCGAUGGCCAAAUCUGCAUCUCCUGAAGAGCUCCGAAUGAUGCGCUCGCAGCCAACCGAAGCCAUGAAAAUGACAAUGUUCUACCGCUAUUGGUGCCUCAAGGAAGCUAUUCUCAAAGCCACCGGUGUUGGAAUCAUGAAGGAUUUGAAUAGUUUGGACUUCCGUGUGAACCUUCAAGAUCGCUAUCGCCCAGGAGCAUUUGUGACUUCGACUACUGUCCUGGAGGAUGGAAGACUUCAAGAUCAAUGGAUCUUUGAAGAAACGUUUGUUGAUGCGAAGCAUUCUGCUGCGGUUUGUAAAGAGAAAAAACUCCCACGCGAAUGUGUGUUUAGACAAGACCCGGAAGCCAAAAUUUUCUUCAGCAAGAUUACAUUUGAAAGUCUUCUCGAAAAUGCGGAAAUCACCAAUCCCAUGCCGAAUAACGCAGCUGAUAUAUUUGAGGAAUUCAUGGCGAAGCCGAAAAAAACAUUUUAACUAUUCUCAUUAGUCCAUGUUAAUCCGUGAUGCCUACUAACUAAAUUUUUGCAUUUCAAACAAUCUUCGCUUUUUAUUCUUUUAACGAAGAAAUAUUGAAUUCCACAGUGUUAGAUACUUUUGUGAUUACUGUAUUUUGACGUUAUUAAUAAAGUGAACAAAAGGC